GUCAGAUGCUGAUAGGAUUCAACAACUUAUGAAUAUUAUAACCUCAUCAUUCAUAAUAACCGACACCGAAUAGGAACAAUCACUUCUUAUUUGAACAUUAGUUGGCUUUGAUAGUGCGCGGUGUGAUAAACCAUCAACUGGUCAGUUAUGGGAAACAAGAAAUAAUAUCUGAUAAAACGUGUUUGUUCGCAAGAAGCAGGCCAAUUCAAUGCAAGACAGGAAGAUGAUCCCUUUACAUGUGGUUAUAUUCAGCCUGAUCGCAUCGAAUGUCGCUGAAAUUCAUCAAGGUGGAAUUUUAUAUCCAAGAGCAUCAGAGAGUCGGCAAGUUACUACUUUAGACGGCCUAUGGAAUUUCAUUGUAGCAAAUACCAGCAACCCAUUCCUAGGCUUUCAACAACAUUGGUACAAGACCGAUUUAAAAAAAAUAAAUACGUCAGAAGUCCUUCUUAUGCCUGUACCAGCGAGUUACAACGACAUAACGACCGAUUGGUUGCUCAGAGAUCACGUGGGCUUGGUCUGGUACGACAGAUCAUUUUUCGUUCCGAAACGUUGGUCGGAAGAAGGCAGGGUUUGGCUUCGAUUCGGAUCAGUAUCCUAUGCCGCUCAAGUGUGGGUCAAUGGGGAGUUUUUAAUGAGCCACGAGAUAGGCCAUUUGCCGUUUGUAGCAGAAGUUACGAAUUAUCUGAAAUACGGGGAGGAAAAUAUAGUGACAGUUGCAUGUGACAAUACUCUGCUCCAAGAUACGAUACCUCAAGGAAAGCUCGAGGAAUUACAAAAUGGAAGAUUGACGCAGACAUACACUUUCGAUUUUUUCAAUUAUGCCGGUAUCGACAGGACUGUCCACCUUUACACUACACCGAAAACUUACAUCGACGAUAUUUCUAUUGUGACCACUGAAAUACAGGGAUCUGAAGCUUCGCUUUGGUAUAAUAUAACAGUGGCAGGUGAUGAUAACGUAACAUGCAGAGUUACUCUGAUCGACAAAAAUGAUAAUACUGUCGCGAGCAAAAAAACGCACAGUGCGUUUCAAGGCGUUCUGAAAGUUGAAAACCCCAAACUGUGGUGGCCAUAUUUGAUGCAUGAUCGACCUGGAUACCAAUACUCUCUUCAGGUCGAGCUCUUCUCUCCCAAAGGAAACGACCUCAUCGACAAAUACUCCCUACCAGUCGGCAUAAGAAUCCUUUCGUGGACCAACUCCUCUCUUCUGAUCAACGGCCGACCGAUCUACCUUCACGGCUUCGGUAAACACGAGGACUCUGACUUCAGGGGCAAAGGUUUCGACCUGCCGGUCAUCAUCAGGGACUACAACCUGAUCAGAUGGGUCGGCGCGAACGCGUACAGAACGUCUCAUUAUCCGUAUGCUGAAGAGACUAUGGAUCUGGCAGACGAGAUGGGGGUCAUGAUUAUCGACGAGUGUCCUGCUGUCAAUAUUGAGCUUUUCUCAGACAGACUGUUAGCCAAACACAAGACAUCCAUGAAAGAACUGAUCAGAAGAGACAAAAAUCGACCAGGAGUUAUAAUGUGGAGUGCAGCUAAUGAACCGAGAACUCAAUAUAUCCAAGCCAAAGAAUACUUCAGGCAAGUGAUCGAAACCAUCAAGCAACAUGAUCAAACAAGGCCGUGUACGAUCGUUGAAGCACAAAAUGUCAACGUCGUUGAAUCCUCAAGUUACGUCGAUAUCAUCUCUUUCAACCGUUACAACGGUUGGUACCAAUACGAAGGAGAAUUGGAUGUUGUCAGCUACAAUGUCAUUCAAGAGGCCAGACUCUGGCACCAAAAAUUCAACAAACCCGUUAUAAUGCAAGAGUACGGUGGGGACACCCUGGAAGGAUUGCACUUCGUACCAUCUUUCAUUUGGUCAGAAGAAUACCAAGUGAGUUUGCUGUCGGAACAUUUCAAGGCUUUUGAUCAACUCAGAAAAGAAGACUUCUUCAUCGGAGAGUUCAUUUGGAACUUUGCUGACUUCAAGACUGCUCAGACUUAUACCAGGGUCGGAGGAAACAAAAAAGGCAUUUUCACGAGAAAUCGCCAACCCAAGGCGAGUGCACAUCUCAUACGCAGACGCUAUUGGUCCCUAGCUAGGGAAUACUCUAACAUGACCCUACCCGGUGACCUCGACAGUUACGUCAUAUCUAGUCGAAUUUCGCACGAAGAACUAUAGAAAUAAGAAUUAAAAUACAUCUAUAUCAUUAGGAA